UAUAACCACAACCACAUGGGUUUGUAUUCAGACUGCAAUCAUGAAGCUAACGCUGUAUGCUGCUGUCAUCGUCCUGGCUGGGAUAGUCACAGCUGCCGCCUUGAAUCAAAACAAUGCGGACUGCCCCGCCGACCGGAGAUUCCUGCAUGAUCUGAAAUCACUCCUGAGGUUACACCUGGGAGAGAAGAUUAUACCACCUGAAACUGACUCUCCGCAUUGGACCGGCUCGGCUGGAGGAGCGAUUUUCACUCGGUGGGGAAGGACAACAUGCCCGAAAGGAAAUGAUGUCGUGUACGAAGGUUAUGCCGGUGGAAGCAAUUACCAGGCGAAAGGGGGUCCGGGAACAACGCUGUGCCUCCCCGAAGCACCCAUUUACGAAAAGUAUACUAGUGAAGCAUCAGAAAGCUAUAUCUUUGGCACUGAGUAUCAAACAGAUACAGCGAACGCUCCUCUACACCGGCUGUUUCAAGACGAUGUCCCGUGUGUGGUGUGCCAGAGUCACCACAGAACAAGUGCCAUCAUGGUCCCUGCCAGGAACGAGUGUUUUCCUGGUUGGCAUCUGGAAUACAAGGGCUAUCUGUUUGGCGGCCCUACUGAACAUACUGGUUCCAGCGAUUAUGUCUGUGUAGAUGGUGAAGCAGAGGCAAUCCCUGGAGGUAAAGCAAACACAAACGGCCAUCUCUUGUACCUGAUCGACGCCAAAUGUGGUGCCCUGAAAUGCCCCCCUUAUGUCGAUGCCUGGGAGUUGACGUGUGCCCUUUGCACAAAAUAAAAAUGUCCAAAAAG